AUGGCCCCCGCUCUUGCGCACCCCGCCGGCGUGAACUUCGCCGACGAACACAACCGUCCGGUCAACAGCGACGCAAGCACCUACUACGGCGGCGAAGAGAGGUACAGCCGUGCGAGGACAUACAGCGCGUCCUUUGCCCACGGCUACAACCCCAAGCGUCCCCCCACCUUCCAGGAUGCGAAUCACCAGCGCGCCCGCCGCAUGUCUCACGACGAGAAGAGCUCCGCGCCCCGCCGCUUCCUCAUCGACGUCGAGGAGACCAUUCGAGUUGUACUCGAGCAGGAAGACACCGAUGGCGACUUCCAGAUCUCCGUCACGGACGCCGGACCGAAGCUGAUGGCUCUUGGCACUGCGACGAGCAACGGCUUCAAGAGCUUCGACAUUCGGGGCACGUACAUGCUGUCUAACCUGCUGCAAGAGCUGGCCCUUGCUCGGGACCAUGGUCGCAAGCGGAUCGUUCUGGAUGAAGCGCGUCUCACGGAGAACCCUGUCGACCGUCUCUCGCGCAUGAUCAAGAACUCGUUCUGGAACGCGCUCACCCGUCGCAUAGAUGGCGACGGUCUCGAAAUCAUCUGUGCCGAUCCGAAGAACCGCACGGGGCGCAUCAACCCCCGCAUUUACGUGCCUCACGGGGAACCUGCUAUGGCAGAGUACUACCGCAAGGUCGCGGCGGACAAGCCUCAUCUCAACCUCGACGUCCAGGUCCUGCCACCAAAGCCCGAUGACCCUAUCUUCGUGAAGAGUCUCAACAACAAGCCCGGUCUGCUUGCUCUUGCCAUGCAGGAGGUCGCCGAUCCUAAAGGCGGGAAGGUGCUCAAGGGAGUCCCGUUUAUUGUCCCUGGUGCACGAUUCAACGAGCUCUACAACUGGGACUCGUACUUCAUCUCCCUCGGUCUGCUCGUCGACGGCUACGUGAACAUGGCGAAGGGCAUGGUCGACCACUUCAUCUUUGAGAUCAAGCACUACGGCAAGAUCCUCAACGGCUCCCGGAGCUACUACCUGUGCCGCACCCAGCCCCCGUUCCUCACGGACAUGGCGCUCCAGAUCUACAACCAGCUCGAUCGCUCCGACAUGGACGAAAACCGCGCGUGGCUCAAGCGCGCGAUCCAGGCGGCGAUCAAGGAGUACCACACCAUCUGGGUCGCCGAGCCGCGCAUGGACCCGAAAACGGGCCUGUCCCGCUUCCGCCCCGACGGCCUCGGCAUCCCGCCGGAGACCGAGGCGACGCACUUCACACACAUCCUCGAGCCGUUCGCGGCCAAGCACGGGAUCUCGGUGCUCGAGUUCAGCGAGCGCUACAACGAUGGGUCGAUCAAGGAGCCCAAGCUGGACGAGUACUUCCUCCACGACCGCGCGGUGCGCGAGUCCGGGCACGACACCACCUACCGCUUCGAGAAGCGCUGCGCGAACCUCGGCACCGUCGACCUCCAGGCGCUCCUGUACAAGUACGAGGUCGACAUCGGGACCGCGAUCCGGGAGGUGUUCGACGACGAGCUCGAGCUCGAGGAGGACUUCGCGCUCACGCCCUUCCCGCCCACCGUCGAGGCGUACGCGGCGACGGACCGCUGGGAGCGCAGCAGGGGCCGCGCGCAGAACAGCGAGGAGUGGUUCCGCCGCGCGGAGUGGCGCAAGGGCGUCAUCGACCGGUACUGCUGGAACGAGAGCAAGUCGCUGUACUUCGACUACGACACCGUGCAGGAGAAGCAGAGCCUGUACGAGUCCGUCACCGCGUUCUGGACCCUCUGGGCGGGCUGCGCGAGCGAGGAGCAGUGCUGGAAGCUCAUCUCUAACUCGCUCAAGAAGUUCGAGGUUCUGGGUGGUCUCGCCUCCGGUACCGAGGAGUCCCGGGGUAAGAUCUCGCUUGAUCGCCCUAACCGUCAAUGGGACUACCCCUAUGCAUGGCCUCCUCAUCAGAUUAUGACGUGGGUCGGUCUUGAACGGUAUGGAUACCUCGAGGACGCGCAACGGUUGGCCUACAGGUGGUUGUACAUGAUGACGACUGCGUUCGUCGACUUCAACGGUGUUGUCCCCGAGAAGUUCGAUGCCGUGAAGCUUUCACAUCUUGUGGAUGCCGAGUACGGCAACCAAGGUGUCGACUUCAAGAUGGUGCCUAGGGAAGGCUUUGGAUGGAUGAACGCUGCCUACCAGGUCGGGUUGACGUAUCUAUCUACGGGCAUGCGUCGCGCUGUGUCUGCGUGCACAAGCCCUGAGGUGUUCUUCGGCAACUACCUCAACCCUCAACAGGUUCAGCAGGCGUACGCCGCUGCCAUCAACGAUCCGCUCGGUCUUGCCAUGGACCAGCUGCGGCUCACCUCUCCCGCUGUGGACCCUAUGGCUCAGUCACCGAUGGAUGUGCCCGAGAUGCACUCCGACGCCCCGGGACCUUGGCAUUGA